AUGGGGACAUCGAGGGAGCACGUGGGCACCACAGGGACGGGGGACACGGUGACAUCAAGGGGGUGGGCCGACACCUUCAGCGCCGCCGGCUGCGGAGGGACGGAGGAGCACGACUUCGAGCACCCCUUCCUGCAGGCAGUAGGGAUGUUCCUGGGUGAGUUUUCCUGCCUGGGGGUGUUUUACCUGCUGGUGUGGAGGGACCGGCGCAGACCGGAGCCCACCAUGGCCCCGUCGCAGCCCUUCAACCCGCUGCUCUUCCUGCCCCCCGCGCUGUGUGACAUGACGGGGACCAGCAUCAUGUACGUGGCCCUGAACAUGACCAGCGCCUCCAGCUUCCAGAUGCUGCGAGGGUCCGUGAUCAUCUUCACCGGGCUCCUCUCCGUGGCCUUCCUGGGCCGGAAACUGGAGCUGAGCCAGUGGCUGGGUAUCCUGAUCACCAUCGUGGGGCUGGUGGUGGUGGGGCUGGCUGACCUGCACAGCUCCCACGACCAGAAGCACAAGCUCAGCGAGGUGAUAACCGGCGACUUGCUCAUCAUCAUGGCGCAGGUGAUCGUUGCCAUCCAGAUGGUGCUGGAGGAGAAAUUCAUCUACAAGCACGACGUGCACCCGCUGCGGGCUGUCGGCACCGAAGGUCUGCCGUGACCUCGGGGCGGUGGGACGGGCGCCAGGGC